AUGAGGAGGUGUGUCAUAAGAAUGCAGGCGGACCGUCAGGGAUGUUUCAAAUUCUACAUCCCAAACUCACUUCAGUUAAUGACUAUGUGGGCGUCUCUAAACCAGAGACUUUUCAUUUUCCUCCUCGUGCUGCUACCAUUUAGCAGAAGAAGAGUGAAGAGGAGGAGACAGGAUUUGGGUUUUUGAAAUGGAUUUCAUGCGCUUUAGCCAUCUUCCGGAGACCUGGGUGAUUGAGGGCCCCCAGGAGAGAGUAGCUAUGGAGGGCCAGUGGGAAGGAGGUGAAUCUGGAGAGUCCAUCACGCUUUCAGGGGCCACUUUCAUGUCUAAAUCUAACGUGGGGACACUGAUGCGGUCUGAUACAGAGGAUUCUGGGGUGGAGAUCUGUUCUGAGGCUUCUCUCCCCUCCUCUCCUCCCUCUGUGUCCAUGAGUAAUACAGAUAUUGAUCCUACAGUCAGUGACGAGGAUGGAUUCCCCUCUACCUCUCCUCCAUGCUCUCCUGUCUUCUCUCUGCCAUCUUCUUGCUCCUCUUCCUCCCUGUCCCUCUGCCCCAGGGCUCAGCGGCACAGGGAGAUGGCUGCGGUCAUGCACCUAAAAUUGGAGCAGGCACUGAGGAGGGCAGACUCUGGAGACAAAGACGCUGUGCCCCGACAGCGGUGUCACACGGCUUCACUACCAUCACCUCACUCAGUGACCCGUAUACAGAGGGCAGGUCACAGGUCAGGGAGUGCUGGUCUGAGGAGGACAGUCAGCCAGUCAGUAGUGGAAGAACAGGCCUCAACGGCUGUGCUGCAGCACAGAGGAGGGCUCUGCCCACAUCACAACACUCUGCCUGCUCAGACUGACACAGAGAUCAGGGAGAAGGAUGUGUGUGAGGAGGAGUAUGAGGGGCUCACCCCUGGGCUGGGCUACCUGGAGCAGGUAUGCCGGAUGCUGGAGGAGAUCGCCAGGCUACAGCUACGUAACCAAGGGUUACAGGUGGAGAUGGAUGCUCUCCGGGAGCAGCAGCGGAGCCAGAAUUCAGAACGCAACCAGUGUGACUUCAAGGCUUCUGAGGAAGGCGGCCCCUCUGCCAAUGAAAGACUUGAAGUCAAAGAUUAUGAGGACUUACCCUACCAAUCAUCUGAUAGCAAUAGUAAUGUGCAUCAGCAUUUUCGACUUAGGUCAACAUCGGACAUAACACUCAUGAUGGGACAUCUAAAGAAGGGGAAGGAAGUGUCUGGAAGGAGGUACCGGACAAUAGAGUAUCUACUUGAGCAUCCCGAGGAUGAUGAAAAGCAGGAAAAAGAAGAAGCAGGAAAGAAAGAACGGGGAAGUAGGACAAAGACCUGGAAGCUGAAGAUUGGUUCUCUGAAGAGGGAGACCACAGAGAAAAGCAGCCAACAGAUGAAUUCAUCCGUGAAGAAAGCUAGCGGGCGUUGGUUGGGACAGCUGUUCAGGAGCAGGAAAGCUGUGCCAGAAUGAGAAGAGCAGAAUGUUCCAACAUUACAGUCAUUGGUAACAUUCCUCCUCUAAGACUUGGAGAAUGAGGACAUAUACUGUAGCACUUUUUGCACAAAGCUGUGGAGGAAUAGGACUCAAAUCUAUUUAGUCAUCUCAUUAUAUGGAUAUUGACAUGUAUAUUUAUUGUCUAAUUCUUAGUAAUUAAAUAGGAAUUUUAAUGUGAUCACAGUGAUCAUUGUCCCACAGUAUGUUUUAAAGAUACCAAACAGCAAAAUACGCAGUAAGGCCUGAGGGGGUGUGGUAUAUGGUCAAUAUAAUAUUGGCUAAGGUGCUGUUCUUCGGUACGAUGCAACGCUGAGUGCCUGGAUACAGGCCUUAGCCAUGGUAUAUUAGCCAUAUAUUACAAACCCCGAAGGUGCCUUAUUAUCUAUUAUAAACUGGUUACCAACGUAAUUAGAGCAGUAAAAAUAAAUGUUUUGUCAUACCUGUGGUGUACGGUCUGAUAUACCACGGCUUUCAGCCAAUCAGCAUUCAGCGCUCGAACCACCCAGUUUAUAAUCUGAUUUAGCCACUCUCUCUUGUAUUCAGGAUCCUGAGUUGGCUCUAGAAAAUGUCUCCUCCAUAUUUUUUCACUCCAUAUACACGCCCCUUUUAAACAAUUCAGAGGCAAAGAUAAAUAUAACCGUUGGUUUUCUUAUGAGCUAUCUGAGGAGUAUUUCUGUCUGUAAUAAAGCCCUUUUGUGGGCUCCCAAGUGGGUGGGCCUAUGCCCUCCCAGGCCCACCCAUGGCUGCGCCCCUGCCCAGUUGUGAAACCCAUAGGUUCAGGCCUAUUGAAUUUAUUUAAAUUCCUUCUAUGAACUGUAACUCAGUAAAAUCUUUUAAAUUGUUGUAUGUUGCAUUUAUAUUUUUGUUCAGUAUAAAUCAAGCUAUUUUUUAAGCUCUAUCUCAGGAUUUUGAAAAAUCAAGUCCUGUCUGAAUCUGGCAUUAUAACUGAGAAGAAUGGGAUAAGUGAUGCUUUUAAUCGUCAUUUUAUCUCGGCAGGCUUUUUACUUGAGAGAAACGGUGGUUUAAUUGACCCUGGUCAGUCAAUAGACUGCUCUUCACUCUGCCAGCCUCUCACUGACUCGACAGUUAACCCGUCAACUUGUAGUUAAUCUUUGUUUUCAUUUAAACAUUUUACUACCUGGGAUGUGCUAGAUGCCUUGCUUAUGAUUGAUGUAAAUAAAAAUACACUGUGACUGA